AUGAGCGACACCACCACCCACACAUGCUACAUUGAUUCGCUAGACAGCCUUCAGGAAGCCAAGCGGUUCUUCAACAAGAACCACGAAAAGUAUGGGGAGAUUGUGUUUAGCAUCACCGGCUGCGACCAACUAGUUGCAGCGCCUACGCUCUUGGCCGCUGUCAAUAGAGCCAAGAAGAAGGCCAAGUCCGAUAAGCUGUCCAUCGAGGGUCUCCCUCUUCUCCAAGAGUUGAAGGAGAGGGCCGAGGAGCUGGAGCGGAAGCUGCGGGUCUUGGAAGCGAUAGCUGACACCGAACACAACGACGAAGACAAUCAUUUCAUAGGUGACCCUGAUGCCCACACUACUACUUACCAUCACACCACCGAUAUGCAGAGACUCUUGAGUUCUGUCCAAACGAUGGACAUCAACGCGUUCCACGAGCUCGACAAGGAUGUUGAUGGAAACAUUAGAAGAUUUGAGCACCACCGUGCUAUGUUUGAGGACACUAAGAUGGAAGCAAAAGAAAAGUGGAUCCCCAGUGUUGAGAAUGAGUUGUACGGUGACGACGAGGAGGAUGAAGACGACGACGAGGAGGAUGAAGGCGACGACGAGGAGGAGGAUGAAGGCGACAAGGAGAAGGAUGAAGACGAGGAGCAGGAUGAAGACGACGAGGAGGACGAUGAAGACGAAGACGACGAGGAGGAUGAAGAUGAGUUGUACGGCGACGAGGAGGAGGAUGAAGAUGAGUAG